GAUCACUCAUCAAACCGGUCAUACCUUCCCAGGUCGUCAUCGAAUCAACUGACCGACCACUGAGUUCGCCAGCUCAGUCGCGCCCUACCCACGGACUGGGCCGCUUGUGUGUAAUCAUGAUUCAAUAAACAUUACAAAUACCCUGUGCGGUGCUAACAGUGUGCAAAACUUCCAAAAUAAUAUAAUUAAAAGGCCGGAUCUCAAUCGCCUUGAAGUUAAUUUUUCUGUGUGUUUUCCUUAUCAACAUAAUGACUCCAAGAUUUUAUUUCGCACUUUUUGUAGUGGGCCCAGCACUAUGUGUAGCCCAACAAAUCGACCCGAACACGUUGAUUAACGUGUUUGGAACCCCCAGCAACUACGCUGCGUCUGUGAACCCCCAUGACCCUGCUGCGAGUGGAGUGCCGUUGGCCCAGGCCCUGCCUGUGAAACCUAUUAAUGAAACCCUCACUGAUCCCGACUAUUGGGAUAUAGAUGAGUUGCCGGCAGCAGCGGUAGCUGACUAUGACAAGUUUGACUGGAGUUUGACUAAGAGGCUAUCAGCUUCCUCAGAUACCAACUUCCUUCUGUCUCCCCUGGGUCUGAAGCUAGCCCUGGCCAUCCUAACGGAAGCCGCGACCGGACUGACCAGGUCAGAGUUGCAGUCAGUGCUUGGUUUUGAAAUGGAUAGAGUGGCUGUUAGAAGAAAGUUUGCGAACAUAGUUAAUUCAUUGCAGCACAAAUCGCCCCUAUACGUCCUUGACUUAGGUAGUAAAAUCUAUGUGGAGAACACUGCCCACCCUCGUCAGAAGUUUGCAGCAGUUGCCCACGAGUCCUACAAAACCGAUCUGACUCCUAUUGACUUCCAUAACCCUCCUGCAGCCGCCAAAGCCAUCAACGACUGGGUUGCUAACCUUACCCAGGGAAGGAUCACUGACUUAGUACAUCAAGAUGACCUCGAAAACGUGGUGGUGAUGAUCCUCAACACACUAUACUUCAAGGGCAGCUGGCGCCACCAGUUUGCACCCAACGCUACCAAGCAGGGUCAAUUCUACGUCACCCCGAAAAUAGCUAAGCCAGUGUAUUUCAUGAAUGUGAAGGACAAGUUCUACUAUGCUGAGUCUGCCAAAUUCGAUGCUAAGAUCCUCAGGAUGCCAUACAUGGGCUACAAAUUUGCAAUGUACGUAGUAGUUCCCAACUCAUUGACUGGUCUGAACCGAGUAUUGGAUGGUCUGACGGAGCUCCGCCCCGAAAUGGAUUUGUUACAAGAGCGCUUCGUCGACGUCACUUUGCCCAGAUUCCAGUUCGAAUUCUCCUCGCACUUGGACAGCGUGUUGAGAGAUAUGGGUGUCAGACAAGCCUUCGAGGACACUGCGUCGUUCCCUGGCAUCGCCAGGGGACAGUCCCUGCAGCAGCGCCUCAGGGUCUCCAAGGUUCUGCAGCGGUCGGGCAUCGAGGUCAACGAGCUCGGAAGUGUGGCCUACUCAGCUACUGAAAUAUCUCUAGUCAACAAAUUCGGCGAGGACGACGAUACUGCUGUGGAGGUGAUCGCCAACAAGCCCUUCUUCUUCCUGAUCCAGGAUGAGACGACCAGGCAACUGCUGUUCACAGGCAGAGUAGCCGACCCCACCUUAGCCGAUGGCUCUUUCAAACACUCAUGUUCCGAAAUUUUGUGUUGUUCUGCGAAUACAAUCAUCAACAUACAAAUGGCAUUUUAUACAGCUUUUAGUUUCGUGCUCUUGGCCGUGUCCCUUCAAACGAUCCACGUCAAUGGAGGACUCCGUUCCGAAGCGUCACGCCUCAACUACUUCGACAUCGACCUCCUCCGGUACUGCGCCGAGGAGCGAAAGGGAAACGUCAUGGUCUCCCCUGCCAGCAUCAAAUCCACACUUGCCAUGCUUCUGGAAGGAGCUCAUGGGACAACAGAAUCGGAGAUCAGAGCCGCGCUAAGAUUGGCUCCGAAUAAGCAAGAGUAUAGGGAACAGCUGAAUGUGUAUCUUCAGGGUUUGAAGGCAAACUCAUCUGGUGUCGUCCUCGAUAACGCCAAUUCAGUGUUUAUCUCGACGAAGUUAAAGAUGAAAAAAGAAUACGAACAAAUGAUGCAACAUGUGUACCUGACUGAGGUGUAUAAAAUGAACUUCACAAAUCCUGAUGCGGACUCUAACUUCAUCAACAAAUGGGUGUCGACCAAGACACACGGGCUGAUCAAUGAUAUUGUUGAACCUGUCAACGUGAACCCCUCAACCGAGGUCCUGCUGGCCAACGCGCUGUACUUCAAAGGAUCUUGGAAGCAUUCCUUCGACCCGAAGUUGACCAAAGGCGCGUGCUUCUACAGCCAUGGGGUGUGCAAAAACGUCGCCAUGAUGGAUAUGCGCGCGCAGAUCAACUACGCGUAUAUUGAGGAGCUGAGGGCUCAUGCGCUUGAGUUGCCUUAUGAGGGUGGCCGUUACGCCAUGAUCAUCCUAGUGCCUCUCGACCGGGAUGGGUGUCCAGUCCUCAUUAGAGACCUACCCUACAUGAGUCUGGACCAAGUCGUCAGCAACAUGGAGCCUACCGACGUCACUCUGAUGAUGCCAAAGUUCACUAUUGACUACGCCGAGAACAUGGUCGGGCCUUUGCAAAGCAUGCGUGUCACAAGCCUAUUCUCCUCAAAAGCGAAUCUUUCUGGCAUCUUCGAGGGUGGUUCUCCGUUGCUGAACAGCCUCUACCAUAAGAUCCACAUGAUGGUCGAUGAAAAGGGUACCAUUGCUGCGGCCACGUCUGCAGCUAUGGUCAUACCGUUGAUCGAGAAUGGGGUCCAACUGAAAGUGGACAGGCCUUUUGUCUUCUUCAUCAGGGAUAACAACCUCGGCCUGUCACUGUUCGAGGGGAGGAUCGAAGAGCCAACUCUUUAUGUAGAGCCGAUCGCUGCGAAGGCACCCGUUCCAGUUACACCACCCCCGACAACCACACACAGCCCAGCCAAGAUAUCAUAUGCUCGCAUUUAAUAAUAAUAAACAUCAAACAAAGUUUUUUUAAUGAGUACCUGUAUUAAUAAAA